AUGGAACCAGGAGACAAGAAAUCAUGUUCCGUGCCACUCUCUGGAUGUGAGAAGACUCACAAGUUCAGCACAUAUGAAAAGCGGCCUCAUGGAGAUCUACUCGGGGAACAAUCCAAGGUAUUUGUGUGCAACUUUAUGAAAGGAGUUCCGACUGACAACCAGAAGAAUCGCACUUACUUUGAUUCUGGUGAUCUCGCUCUUUCCGCGGCUCAUAAAGUAACCAACGAAGGUGCUAUUCAAACUGGAAGAGUCAUUGGAGGCGUUGUAAUGCUACCGAGAUUUGGAAUAAAAUAA